AUGCAAUAUUCAUUCGCCCUUGCCGCCCUCUUCUCCGCAACGAUUGCUCUCCCCCUCCCCCUCAACAUCAACCUUGGCGCUUAUUCUCCAGCCUUGGUAGUCGGUGAUGGUGCUAUAUCAUUCGGGGCAGAGGGAGGAGAGGCUGGAGCAAGACCCUUGAUGGAAGCUCUCAGCGGUGCCGGUGUUUCGGGGCCUGGAGCAGCAAAGGGACUCAUUGAUGGCGCCAACACUCCCGCAGCCAGUUCCGUAUCUAUCAAUCAACCAGCACUUUCAGAUGGCGCCGGCCUCGGCCGAGUCGUUAGACCUCGUGAGGGAGGUGAUGAAGAGGAGGAUGAGGCAGAAGUUAAGGCCGAGGUGGGUGCUCCUGUUGUUUCAAAACGAGAUAUCGGUGGCUUUAAUGCAGCACUGAGUUAUGCCCUAGGUGCUGUAAAAGUCACUCCGGAGGUACAACUUGGGACGGGUGAAAAAGGGGCUGGAGUUGGUAUUCUUGUCAAGCCUGGCAUCACAGCUGCCGCUGCUGCGGCACCUGCCAGAGCCGGUGGUAAAGCCGAAUAG